AUGUACCGCAGCCUGUUGGCCGGUCUGGAGGCCGGACCGGACCGGAGCGAACUGAUUGGUGAGUUCUACUAUUCUGGUGCCAGGAUGGGCCACUAUCGUGCCCGCCCGAGGAAUGAUGGUGGCCGGCACGAAUCCGGGCUUAGUGGAUGUGAAAAGUUAAACAUUCUGGACAAGUUCAAUCCCGGAGCCCGACAGCUGAUCGGUGCCGGCAAGGCGUACCUGAAGGCCCUCCACGGGGCGUCCGCAGCGUCGAACCUCUUCAAUGAAGCCCUGGCCAAGAUUGCCGUCAAUGCGCAGCAGGGCGGAACCAUCGAUAUUGGUUCCGCCUUGAUGAACAUCGUCGGCGUGUACAAAGAGAUCCAGGACCAGCACAUGAACAUCCUGAAAGCCUUCUACGUGGAUCUGCUGGUGCCGCUCGAGACGAACCUGGAAAAGGACACCAAGGUGGUGCAGUUCGAGCAGAAGAAGUUUCUCCAGCAGCACAAGAUGCGCUCGGACAGCUACAGCAAGGCGGCCGGCACGAUGAAGAAGUACCGGAAGAAGAACUCGAAGAACACGCCCAAGGAGGCGGAGAAGGAGAUCAAGAGCAUCCAGGCGUUCGAGGAGGAGAAACACAAGCUGGACCAGUUCUGCGAGCACAGCCUCAAGAACGCGAUGACGCAGGAGCGGCGCCGAUACGGGUUCGUGCUCGAGCGCCAGUGCUCGCUGGCCAAGCACUGGAUGGCGUACCACCACUCCGGGCACGUGAUCAUCGAGAAGUCGCUGGAACACUGGAACGAUGUGGCCGCAACGCGUGAAUUUUUGCCCCCGAACGUCGAGAACAUGUUCAGCGCCAAGCAGGCACUGCGGGACGUCGAGGACGAGGACGACGACGAGGACCGGGAGUCGAUCGCUUCGCAGCUCCGCAAAACACGCUCGAUCGACGCGUCCUGCCUCGAUAUGCGCUCGCUGGCGGACGUGGCCAACAGUACCCUGCAGAUGCCGCGCGCCAAGUCGGAGUUUAAUCUGAACAACAACCACGGCCCGAUGGCCGGGAAUGGCAUGAUGAUGGCGGGGGGUGGUGGCGCAGGCCACCAUCACAACCACACUGCGAUGAUGUUGAUGGCCAGUGGGGGCAGCGGCAAACCGGACAUUUCACACUGGGAGCGACCGACGGUGAAGGCCCUGUACGCGUACCUGUCGUCGGGCGAGAAUCAGCUCAGCUUCCUGGAGGGCGACCGUAUCGCGCUGGUCGGUGACCGGGCCAAGGGCUGGCAGUUUGGUGAGAACCUGAGGACACAGAAGUUUGGCUGGUUCCCGAUUGCAUACGCCGAAACCGAGCGGGACGACAAGGAAAGCAUCAGCGAAUGGGUAAAGGCUCCGCCGAGCGAUGCCGAUAUCGAGAUCACACCGGACACUUCGCUCGAGAGCACGCUGGUCGAUGACAGCCUGUCGAAGAUGAGCACCUCGUACCACGGUGGCGGCGGCGGCGGAGAGGACGGAUCACCGACGCGCAUGUUCGGGGACACGAUCCAGUACCGGCAGUCGAAGCAAUUCCGGCGACUGUCACGCGGCGAGAAGCCACCGAAACCGGGGCCGCCGCCCCAGUUGCCGGCUCCCGUGCCGACGCCCGUGGUACCGAACAGCUACAAUGGAACCAAGCAGCGCCACGAUGGACCAGCGGGACCCAGUGGUGUGUCGGGAGGAGGGAUUCCGCAGUCGAACAGCUUCUCUUCGGCCGGAGCACCACCGAUGGCGGACAAGCGUAAAUCCGGCUCGGCCACGAUGAACUUCAGCAAACCACCGCAAUCGAGCAGCAAUCAAAAACCGAAAGCAUCCCGCAACGGAAUGGCCAGUGCCUCGCUACACAGUAGCAACGACAGUGGGUUCUCGAACGAACCACAGCCGCAACCCGAAGCCGAUCUGUACUCCGACGAGGAACCGGUCAACCGAGUGCCGAUCAGAUCGGCCCGCUCGGAGAAGAACCUGCUGAACGAUCACCCGAUGGGCCGCUCGAACGGUGGUCCGUCGUCCCGGUACGACGAGGACGACCUGUAUGGCACGAUCGUACCGCCUCGGCCCCGCCAGCACAGUCAGAUGAUGAUGCGCCAGGCCAACAGCUACGGGAACAUUGCCGAGCCGAGCCAGUCCGGAACGCUGGAGUACGGGUACCGUUCGCGGACCCGGCUCUCGGACGGCAGCAACGGUGCCCAGGCCAACCAGAGCGACUCGCAAAAGAUCAAGCGCACCAAGUCGUUCUGGAAGUUCUCUAAAUCCGAGGACCACAUCCUCGAGGGGAUGGCCAUGUGGAAGCACAACGACAUCAUACCGACGGGGCGCGAGAAACGCGAGAUGGAAAAGAAGGAGGCCACGCUGAAGCGCAACAUGCGCAAAAAGGAACAGCUCGAAAAGCAGAAGCAAAAGGAAAUGGUCGCCGCCAAAGUGGAGGAGGAACAGCAGCAACAGCAACAGCAGCAACAGACGCAACGUCGUAAGGAUCGUGGAAACCCGCCGAACCCGGGGUUGAUGGACGGUGGCAGCAACAGCAACACGCUGGUACGCUCCGGCAACAACCGUGAGUCACGGGAGCGCGAUCGGGAGCAGGGUGCGCCGAUGAUGCGCGAACGACCGCACAGCAUUGCGAUGAUGCCGGAGCAGGAAAAGUUCCCGAUCACCAAGUCCGACAUCGACAAGCGCAUCUCGAAGAUCGAUCAGGAGUUCCACCAGCAGAAAAAGUCGAGCCGGGCGGGUGAACCAGACUCGCGGAAGCCGUCGAAGGCGGGCGGAAAGGGUAACGAUACGAACAACAACAGCAACCACAAUCGUCACAGUUACGCCGGCGAUCGGGAUCACAUGCACCAUCAGCACCACCACCAGCAGCAGAGCCACCAGCGACAGGACGAGCAGGCGAUCUACGGUGACUCGGCGAUGAUGGCGGUGAGUGGUAAGGGCACCAAGGACAAGUACCGCACGGCGGAGCGUGAGACGAGCGCGAAGAAUCGCAACAACGAUGCGCUGAACAAGUACUACCAGGACCAAACGUUCGACGACUUCUCGAUCAUCCCGAGCGACUCGAUCAUGAUGCAGGAUACGAGCUUCUACGACGACGACGGCAUGAUGGACGAUAUGAUGCUGAUGAAGACGGUGCGCCGGAAGGAGAUCCUGAAGCAGUACUACUCGAGCGGUACCGAUACGGAGCGCAACUCGUCCAGCUCGGAUCCGUACGAUUGUAUCGUCGUGGACGAUCAUCUGGUGGCGACCGGUGGCGAGAUGAUGAUGAUGCGUCGUGGCGGUGGUGGUGGCGAAGGUGGUAAGAGCCGUGGGGACCGGAAGCCGCAUGGUGGUGCCACUGACGGUGGUAUGAUGCGUCGGGUGACGGGCGAUAAAAAGGGAGCGACGGGUGCGGAUGAUAAGAUGAGCUUUUCCACGUUCCGUGGGGCGGCGUCCGGAGGUAACGAGGGUGGACGAAUGGGAAGGCACGGUGGUGAUGAUGAUGACGAUGACGACACGAUGAUGGCCACGAUGACGCUGGAUGAUGAGCUGAUGGAGGAUGAACCGCGCCAACAGAUGAUGACUCGUGAUCGGCGAUCGAAGGCCUCGAAGCUGAACGGAGCCAACGGUGGACAGUCCGGGCUGGGGGAGUCAGAGCAGGAGUCGCGCAUCAGUGCCAAGGUGCAGAACAACGGACAGCAACAUCACCAGCAGCAGCAGCAACACCAGCAGCACCAGCACCAGCAGCAUCAGCACCAACAGCAGCACCAGCAAAAGCGCAAGUCCACCAAAUCGAUCGCCUCGGACGGGAAGGCGUACGGGCCGUGGUACGACCUCUGGGGCACGGACAGCUCCGUGCACAAUCAGAAGCUGUAGGGGACGCGGCCCCGCGAACGGGUUAAUCAAUCUUUAUCGCCGGCGUAAAGAUUGCUUUCAGCCGCACACGGGAACACUCCAUAAUCACAAAGUGCUAACACCUUCACCGGACAUAACCUCACCCCUAGACGCAGUAGCGGCGCACUUUGCGCUCCUCACAACAACGCAGUGUUGUGGACCAAAACGUUCACCAAAACCCAAAUGACCCCGUAGGAUUAACGCACGCUCGUGUUCUCCCAUCCCAACAGAGCAUCAACCAACCCAAAUGCACAGUUUUGGCCGCAGCCUCACAGCGCGAGCGGCAACGGCUGAUCGCAAAAGCCGCGGAAAUGAUUACCACGAUUGAGCAACCGAUUCCCAAAAUACCGCAAAUUGCUGUAGGAUAGCUUCUAGCGUUUAUUUAAUUGUUUCGUUUUGAAUGAAUGAUGUAGUUUUGUUCCGUGAUCGGUCCGAAUCGAAGAACAUUCCGUACACAUUCCCCGUUAGACGUUACGGAUUACCCUGUUACUCGGUUAUAUAACCGCUAUUUGUUUCGUUUUCUUAUUAUCAAAUUUUAUUUCUGGUUACGGGAUGCAUUAUGCAGUGUUAUGCGCUAUUGUGUUUUUCGUUUGUCUACACGCUUUCUUCUAACUUCACCGUAACACUUCCGCGAGCCGAACGGUGGAGCCAAGUUUCCGGAGAACCACCGAACCGGUUCCGGUUUCUUGUAGUCAGUAUUGGUUUGAUGGAAGCAAGCAGCAAGGUGUACGUCGAGCGAGGAGACCGAGGUCCAAUGAGACACAAAUGAGUUACAUUUCAUUAAACAAUAGCAUUAGUUUAUACUGCAAACAGAAGUUAAUGUGCCAAUAGUGUGCGAAUUGUUCGCAGUCGCGAUGCGUGGAGAGAGUGACGAUGACGGGAGGAUGAAGAGAGAAUAGGCUUAAGAAUACCUCAUGUAAUACAAGUUUCAAAAUUUGUAAGACACCAUCGAAACGACCAUUUUAUGUACAGCUGCAACGAUGAUUCAUUUGCAAAUCGCCGCACAAAUGCGUUUGAGAUGUGCAAAAAUCUGUAAGGUUAUCCGACGGCAGUCCGGCCAAUCAUUCCAGAAAAAAUAAUAUCGAUAAUCUUUAGACUGUACGUUCGUAGUGGUAAAACCCAUGUAUUACACAUAGUCAUCAUGUUGUAACAAUUGUUCGUGUUAAUUUAAUACAGACAAAAGAAGGCACCGGCAGAUGCGCAUUGUGCGCGGCGUUGGUUUUUGAAGGAGUUGUGUGUUUGUAUGAUUGUACCAUUUCUUAACGUCAAUAAAGUUAUGCUAGUGACAAGUGG